AUGCAGCUAGCGUUAGCGUUAGCACUGCAGGUGUGUUGGGCGUGUGUUAGCCGUGCGAUACAGCACUCUCCUGCCUCCUGGGGGCACUAUGACGUCUGUAAAUCACAACUCUACACAGAUGAUGGACUGGUGUGGCAUUACAUGGCGUGCCAGCCGGAAUCCACAGACAUGACCAAGUAUGUCAAGGUCGACCUGGAGCCGGAGAACAUCACGUGUGGAGACCCACCUGAGAUCUACUGCGCUCUGGAGAACCCAUACAUGUGCAAUAACGAAUGCGACGCCGACACCGAGGAACUCGCUCACCCUCCCGAGCUCAUGUUCGACGCUGAGGGACGAAACCCCACCACGUUCUGGCAGUCGACUACGUGGAAGACGUACCCCAGACCGCUGCAGGUGAACAUCACGCUGUCGUGGGACAAAACCAUCGAGCUGACCGACGACAUCGUGAUCACGUUUGAAUCGGGUCGACCCGAGCAGAUGGUCCUGGAGAAAUCUCUGGACUACGGGAGGACGUGGGAGCCGUACCAGUUCUACGCCACCGACUGCCUGGACGCCUUCGCCAUGGAGCCCAGGUCGGUGCGAGAGAUUUCCCAACGCACGCUGCUGGACAUCGUCUGCACCGAAGAUUAUUCCCGAGGCUACGUCUGGAAAUACGACAAGACGGUGCGGUUCGAGAUCAAAGACCGCUUCGCGUUGUUCGCCGGGCCGCGACUGCACAACAUGGCGUCACUGUACGGACAGCUGGACACCACCAGGGACCUCAGGGACUUCUUUACACUCACAGAUUUACGAGUGCGACUCUUGCGGCCCGCCACCGGAGCCACGAUGGUGGACGAGGACAAUCUGUCCAGAUAUUUCUACGCCAUUUCAGACAUCAAAGUCCAAGGCAGGUGUAAGUGUAACCUUCAUGCCAACUCGUGUGUGUUUGAUAAAGGGAAGCUGAGCUGCGAGUGUGAACACAACACGACGGGACCCGACUGUUCACGCUGCAAAAAACACUAUCAGGGCCGAGCGUGGAGCCCGGGGUCGUACCUGCCCAUCCCCAAGGGCACGGCUAACGUGUGUGUUCAGAGAGAACCAGCAGGUCGGCCGAACGUCUCGUCUCUUGGAGUCGUAAAUCGAAAUCAAGCUCGAGUGUGUGACGAUGUUCUGCUGCAAUGUCAGAACGGCGGAGUGUGUGUUCAGCACCAGCGGUGCCGCUGUCCCCCGGGAUUCUCCGGAGUCCUGUGUGAAGCGGAGCGAUGUGGCGCUCAGUCCUGCGAGGAGCUCCGGUCAGCACGAGACCGCCUGCGUCUCUCCGCUCUGACUCUCCUUUACUCACUCACGCUCACGAUCUCGUCUCUGUCCUGCGUCUGAGUGAAGAGCGGACACUGAGGACACACACACACACACACACACACACUCAAGUGGAGAACAAAACACACGCUACAGAGACGGGUUUACACUCAGGCAAAUAACAGGACAGAACACACAACAGAUACACGGCAUACACACAACAUACA